GGACUCGUAGUAAACCUCACGAGAUUUCCCUCACCACGCGGGGAGGAGAAGCGGUGUCCUGCGUUUGCUUUGUUUUCCGAGCUGUUCUUCCCUCUUACCUUCUCUGCUUUACCUGACUUCCUCUUGAAAGGAAGAUCCUAAACAGCCCGCGUUGGGUCGAAGGAUUUGCAGAAACCCAGGGCUGAGAGGAACUUUUUCAUUCUUUCAGCCCUACCUCAGCAACUCACUCCAUGGCAGUUCCCGAGACCCGCCCCAACCACACUAUUUAUAUCAACAAUCUCAACGAGAAGAUCAAGAAGGAUGAGCUGAAGAAGUCCCUGUACGCUAUCUUCUCCCAGUUUGGCCAGAUCCUGGAUAUCCUGGUAUCACGAAGCCUGAAGAUGAGGGGCCAGGCCUUUGUCAUCUUCAAGGAAGUCAGCAGCGCCACCAAUGCCCUGCGCUCCAUGCAGGGUUUCCCCUUCUACGACAAGCCCAUGCGCAUCCAGUACGCCAAGACGGACUCGGAUAUCAUUGCCAAGAUGAAGGGCACCUUUGUGGAGCGGGACCGCAAGCGGGAGAAGAGGAAGCCCAAGAGCCAGGAGACCCCGGCUGCCAAGAAGGCUGUGCAGGGUGGGGCGGCCGCCCCUGUGGUGGGCGCCGUCCAGGGGCCUGUCCCGGGCAUGCCGCCGAUGACUCAGGCGCCCCGCAUCAUGCACCACAUGCCGGGCCAGCCUCCCUACAUGCCGCCCCCUGGCAUGAUCCCGCCUCCGGGCCUCGCACCCGGCCAGAUCCCACCAGGGGCCAUGCCUCCACAGCAGCUUAUGCCAGGACAGAUGCCACCUGCACAGCCUCUUUCAGAAAAUCCACCAAAUCACAUCUUGUUCCUCACCAACCUGCCUGAAGAGACCAACGAGCUCAUGCUUUCCAUGCUUUUCAACCAGUUCCCUGGCUUCAAGGAGGUCCGGCUGGUCCCAGGGCGGCACGACAUCGCCUUCGUGGAGUUUGACAAUGAGGUGCAGGCAGGGGCCGCACGCGACGCCCUGCAGGGUUUCAAGAUCACCCAGAACAACGCCAUGAAGAUCUCCUUUGCCAAGAAGUAGCACCCUUUCCCCAUGUCUCUGCCCCCUGUUCUGGGGCCACCCCCUCCCCCCCUUGGCUCAGCCCCCUGAAGGUAAGUCCCCCUCGGGGGCCUUCUUGGAGCCGUGUGUGAGUGAAUGGUCGCCACACAGCAUUGUACCCAGAGUCUGUCCCCAGACAUUGCACCUGGCGCUGUUAGGCUGGAAUUAAAGUGUUUUUUUGAGGUUUGUUUUUUUCACAA